UAGUGGUCACAGAAAAUAGUGGGCAUGCUCACAAAUAAUUUUGUCCCUUAAGGGACUGUGCAAUUAUAGCUAUUAUUACAAUAAAAGCUAGCAAACAUAAUGAGAGGACUAUUACCUGUAAUCUGUGCAUCCUGAGCUGCAACUCAUGUUAGCAACUGUUCCGUCUAGGAGCCUUUGCCAACUGGAGAUAGUAAUUUAUUAGGGGUGGCUCUCUGUGGCAUGUGUGUGUGUGUAUGUGUGUGUGUGUGGCUAUCCAUGAUGGAGGGGUACGGAGGGCAAUUAGAUGUCUAACAGAUUAUGCUUGUGUUUUACAACCCCCAUGCCUGAGGGGAGGCACGACUUCUGCAACUUUUAAAUCUCAGCGCUGUGUAACCAGAGCUGAGUGGACGUCUUCCAAACCAUGUCUUUUCCUUUUCCCUCCUCCCUUUUGCUCCUCUAUACCUGUGCUGUUUGACUUCCCUCCUGCCGUCCCUCCCUCUCGAGUUUACCUGUGGCUCCUCUUCUUCCCUCCUUCCUGCCAGCUUACCUGUCCUUUUCCUCCCCCCUCUCUAUCUCUCUCUCUCUCUCUCUCUCUCUCUCUCUCUCUCUCUUUCUCUCUCUUGAUUCAGUCUCAGUAUAGCUUGCUGAGCAGCAGUAUGGAGCAGGGAUUGGGGAACCGUGCGGCGUCCACCAGCCCCUACAGCUCCGAGACCGCCUCCAACGUGCCCACACCAUCGUCCUACUCGCAGCCCAACUCCACCUUUGAGGCCAUGUCUCCGGCCCCGGCCAUCCCCUCUAACACUGACUACCCCGGGCCACACGGCUUCGAGGUCACCUUCCAGCAGUCCAGCACCGCCAAGUCAGCCACCUGGACGUAUUCUCCGUUGCUGAAGAAGCUCUACUGUCAGAUAGCUAAGACCUGCCCGAUUCAGGUGAAGCUUGCCUCCACUCCCCCGCACGGCAGCGUGGUACGAGCCAUGCCUAUCUACAAGAAGGCUGAGCAUGUGACCGAAGUGGUGAAGCGCUGCCCUAACCAUGAGCUUGGACGCGACUUCAACGAAAGUCAAUCAGCUCCAGCUAGCCAUUUAAUAAGAGUAGAGGGCAAUAACUUAUGCCAGUAUGUUGACGACCCCGUAACAGGCAGACAGAGCGUGCUUGUACCAUACGAAGCCCCACAGGUGGGGACAGAAUUCACAACAAUUUUGUAUAAUUUCAUGUGUAACAGUAGCUGUGUUGGUGGAAUGAACCGCAGACCCAUUCUCAUCAUCAUUACUCUGGAGACAAGAGAUGGUCAGGUGCUGGGUCGGCGCUCCUUCGAAGGCCGGAUAUGUGCAUGUCCGGGUCGAGACCGCAAAGCAGAUGAGGAUCACUUCAGAGAACAGCAGGCGCUGAACGAGAGCGUGGCCAAAAACGGAAAUGCUAAUAAACGCAAUUUCAGACAAACGCCUCCCAACAUCACCGGCCCUCCCAUCAACAUCAAGAAGAGGAGACAUGGAGAUGAAGAGAUGUACUACAUCCCAGUACGAGGCAGGGAGAACUUUGACAUCCUGAUGAAGAUAAAGGACAGUUUAGAGUUAGUGGAGCUGGUGCCACAGCAAAUAGUCGACUCCUACAGGCAACAGCAACAGCAGCUACUGCACAGACACGGUCACGUGACCUCUCCGUCGCCCUAUGGAACACCGUUGAGCAACAUGAACAAGGUCCACAGCAACAUCAGCAAACUUCCUUCAGUCAACCAGAUAGUGGCGCACCAGAGCCAUCAGAACGCAGGACCAUCUGCCAGCAUGGUGCACAUGGGUGCGAACAUGCUGGGAGGCCACCACAUGCAGUCGAACGGCGACGUGAACGGAGCACACACGGCACAGUCGAUGGUGUCGGCAUCUCACUGCACCCCGCCUCCUCCCUACAACCCCGACCCCAGCCUCAUCAGCUUCUUAACCAGCCUGGGCUGCCAAAACUGCAUCGACUACUUCACAUCGCAGGGCCUCCAGAGUGUGUACCACCUGCAGACCCUCUCAAUGGAGGAUCUUGGAGCUCUUAAGAUCCCAGAACAGUUCCGUUUGGCCAUCUGGAGAGGCCUUCAGGACAUGAAGCAGGGUCAUGAUUACGGCCAGCAGCUUAUUCGCUCCAGCAGUAACAUGGCCACCAUGGCCAUCGGGCCUGGAGGUGAACUGCAGCGGCAGCGUGUCAUGGAGGCAGUGCACUUUCGUGUGCGCCACACCAUCACCAUCCCUAACCGCGGCACCACAGCCGGAGCAGACGAGUGGCCAGACUUUGGCUUCGACAUGCCUGACUGCAAGACUCGGAAAAACUCCAUUAAGGAAGAGUUCGCUGAGAGUGACAUGCACUGAGAUGCUUCCCUAAAGCUCUCACAGAGAACCUGCCAGCUGCUUUACCUUUCUUUCUUUCUUUCUUUCUUUAUAACUGAAAUGGACAGUUCAACCUUGGUUUCUGUUUUUUCUUUCUUUCUUUUUUUAAAGCAGUUCCUUUCAAACCUUUUUUAUUUUUCAUUUUCUCACUUUUAUAACGUGUAAAUGCGACAGGAACUCCCCCUGAAAUUUUUGUUUUAAUGAGUAACUAGCAUUUUUUAUUAAUAAAUUCUAUCAACUACACUGUAUAUAGUAACUCACAUUAAGGGACACAGUAAAUGUUAGGACUAUUAUAACAACAACAGAGUUCACAUAUGAAUGUCUCAACGAAUGUAGACAACCUAUACAAAAUUCAAAACAAUCACAACCAAACCACAAGAAGAGGUUUUUGUGUGUGUGUGUGUGUGUGUGUGUGUGUAGCAUCAUGUUAUGUCUAGAUUUUGAAUGUUUCUGAAUGUGCAGUGGAAAAUAAAUCCUCACAGUAAUUUAAUCAUACUUUAGAGAAGGAAAGGAAUUCAAAGGGCUCCUUAGUAAGAUACAUUUGACAAUAGUGACAAUUAUAUAACAGUGUCAUAUCGAAUCGUUCAUUUCGUAAGUAUUUGAAAAGCGAUCUGUCAGUAAAAUGAGGUGACUAUCAAAAACGUGCAGCUCUGUUUAGCUUCAAGUCAAGAUGAAACGGUAAUGGAAAUCGCAUCAGUCCUGCUCAUAUGAAACCUAGUAUUAGUGAGUGUUAUGUUGUUUACUUGGCAUAAAAUUGACACGGGUUAGCUUUUGAAACGUGUUUAAAGUGCUAACUCUUGACCAGAAAAGUAAAUGUCCCUGUAUUGUGUGGUAUUAGCCUUGCAGGACAAGGUUUUAUUUAUCAUGUCAAACUAUUUCUCCAUCUUUUGAAAUAGGAAUCAUUUUGAUUGGCCGGAUUACACUAUUGAAAAUAUUUGUGCUAUUACACAAUUCUUCACCAGAACCCAGGCAUUUUUAUGUUUUCUUUUUUUAAAAAAUUGAUGUGUUUUUGUUCCUAACCCUGCUACAGACUGAAUUAUUGUAAUGUUAAUGUAUUUCUUCCAUUAGAUUAUGGAUCCUUCUUAACUGUGCAGUUUUAAUAAAUAUUUUUAGAGGUUUUGCUACCUGAAUAAUUAAAUACUUGCACUGCCACUGCAGUGUUACAUCACUUAACACCGCCUUGUUUGUAAAUGUAUAGUAUUAAGUAGAUCUCGUGAUAUUGGAUUGUAAUUCUUUUUCUUUUAACCCUUAUUGUAUAUAUUUUUGGUUACAAACAGGCAGUUUUACAUCACAUUUACUAUGAUAAGCGAUCACUUUAGCUUCACGAAUGUAACUAGACUGAAUGCGUAUAGGCAUUGUGAAAAGUAAAGACUGAAAGAGAAGCUUCUCAAAGCUGAUAAAAAGUUCAGUUAAUAUUCAUCGGUUAUCCUGUUUCACUAGAGUCUGAACAAUUCACGGUGCUCAAGGUUUUUAUUUUUUGCCAUCGGCGCUGACUAAAAUCCACAUCAGAAAGCACUUUAUUGCUUUUGUAUAUUGUAAACACUGUAAUAUUUUGAUUGUGAUCAGUAUUAUGUCAGGUUAUUCAUAAGAGAUUUUAUGAAUGUUUGAAAGUUGAGAUGUCUUUUCUUUAAAAAUAAAGAAACAAUUUUUGUUCAUUUCCACAUUCAUGAAAUGUUUGUUUGAAUUGUGUA